AUGAGUGAGUUCAGCGCUGUGAGUGGUAGUGAUCCGCUGCCCGAGUCCGAUGUUCAGCUCCUUGCUUCCAUUAGUGGAAACAAUGCCGCGCUUCCGGCCGUCCUCCCAGCACCUGGGCCGGCGCGAGCUACGAGUGUGGGCCCUACGGGCGAUCCUACACCUGCGCGUGAGCAGCAUCGAGCCCCCCUGCACUUGGCAGACGAAGAGCUAGUCGAGCGACCGGGCGAUCUGAUGCGAUUUACUCUGUAUGAAACACGCCACUACUUUUAUUUGAUUUCCCAUGGGUCCAGUCAGUCUAGGUAUCGUGUCCUGAAAAUCGAUCGUACACCGCCGAUUGCUGGGGCAGAACAGCGACAAGAGACGAUGCAGACGGAUACGAGCUCAGAGUCCAAGUCGAGCGAUGUUGUCCCUGAUCUGCCUACCGUUGAGGAUCUCUCUCGUGGCAUUGUCGAGCCGGUUGUCCAGCAUGCCCGGGAUAACAGUCUUUCCGAUGUGGUUGUCAGUAUCGCCAGCGGCGCUGAUGAGCUUACGACACAUAUCGGGCAAGCGCCUUCUGGCACCCUGUCGUCCGAGAUUGCCGAGUUGGCCACAUCGCUUCUACCCGACAAGGGCAAAGACGAUGCAGACGCCGGCGAGCGCGAGACGGAGCGCAAGUUUCUGCGCCUCUACGAUCCUGAAGUGGUAAACCUACCAUCGACGACCGAAUGGAAAAAUUACACCGGUGAAGAGGCAGAACUACCGCGCGAUGCUUCGCUUGAGACACAUGAGCGUACUGUCCCACCGCUUGCGGCGCUUAGUGCGCCACGCUCCCCUAAGCACUCACAUCGCCUAUCGCUUCUUACUACGUCGUCAGUACAUGUGCCAGAGUCUUCUAUCUCAACAGAAGAAGAAACGGAGCCAAAGAAGGCCAAAAAGGAGCCCACAAUGAACCUAGAAGACGAUGAAGCAUGGACGUUGAAUGUGACAGGGUACAGCACGGAGUACUCACCAGAAGAGCUCACUGACAUUCUUUCCUCGCUGCAAGAAGGGUCGCGAGGGUCUGGUGGUCUGAAAGAAGUGGGCCGCUACUUUGGGUUGAUUGGGUUUAUUCGAUUCACGGCUGGCUACUACAUGGUCCUUGUGUCGAAGCGCAGUGUCGUGAGUUUGAUCGGUGGACACUACAUCUACCAUUGUGACGAGACGCAAGUGUUGCCUGUUUGCCAUUCUAGUGUACUGUCCCAAGUCUUGCCCCGAUCCAAGACGCGUGAUCAGAAAGAGGCGCAGCUUUUGCGAUCGUUCAAUCAGGUCGAUCUAAGCAAGAAUUUCUACUUCAGUUAUACGUACGACCUCACACGGACGCUCCAAGAGAAUAUGACGGGCCCUCGUGUGAAUGGACAACUGUACAGAACGAUGGCCUGGGGCUACAACGAGAAGUUCAUGUGGAACUUUCACCUGCUCACCCCGGCGUUUGAAGACUGUCGAAACGUGGAAGCGCCUGAAGCCCAGAGAGAAGAAUUGCUGGCUAAGCGGCAAUGGGUUAUCCCUCUAUUGCACGGGUUUGUAGAUCAAGCCAAACUAAGCGUGCUGGGCAAUGCCAUCUAUAUCUGCCUCAUUGCACGUCGAUCACGUCAUAUGGCGGGCGCGCGAUUCUACAAGCGCGGUAUCUCGGAGGAUGGGCACGUCGCUAACGAUGUGGAAACAGAGCAAAUUGUUAACAAGCCUAUUACUAGCCCGUUUUUUGCACCACCAGGCCGGUAUAUGAGCCAAAAAGACCAUGUACUACGACCAUCCCCACACUUCACAUCGUAUGUGAUGAUGCGUGGCUCUAUUCCUAUUUAUUGGACACAAGACUCUACCAAUAUGUCGCCCAAGCCACCCAUUGAGCUGUCGAUUGUGGAUCCCUACUUUAUUCCAGCAGCCCUGCACUUUAAUGAGCUUUUUCAUGCAUAUGGCACACCUGUCAUUGUGCUCAACCUCAUCAAAGGGAAAGAACGGCAGCCUCGUGAAUCCAAAUUGCGCGAUGCGUACGAUGAGUGCGUAAAGCAACUCAAUCAGUUCCUGCCUAAAAAUCAGGACGGAAAAAAUCGUCAGAUCCAAUACCUUGCAUGGGACAUGAGCCGUGCCAGCAAGAGCCGGAAUGCCGACGUGAUUGGAUUCCUCGAACAAUUGGCCGAAACAACACUACAAGAGACGCACUUUUUCCAUUCGGGACCCGUGCCGAUCCCUUUCCGAGACUCGGCGUUGGCGCAUACAUCUCCGUUGCUCAUGCAGAAUGGCGUGGUCCGUGUCAAUUGCGUGGACUGCCUGGAUCGGACCAACGCUGCUCAGUUUGUUCUGGGAAAGGCGGCGUUGGCAUAUCAGCUUCACGCGCUGGGCUUGCUACAGCACCCGCACCUAUCGUUUGAUUCCAAUGCUGUGAAUAUGCUUACAGAAAUGUACCAUGACCUAGGCGACACUAUUGCCCUUCAAUACGGUGGAUCAGCUCUGGCUCAUACCACGGAUACGUACCGCAAAAUCAACCAUUGGACGUCUCAUUCACGCGAUAUGCUUGAGGGGCUACGUCGCUAUUAUGCCAACUCAUUCAACGAUGCAGAAAAGCAGGCCUCCAUUGACCUGUUCCUAGGUCAAGCACCCUGUGAUACAGGUGAAUUCCUUCCGCGCAAUGUGAUGCCCGAUCAAGUAUGCAGCACGGAACAUCUCCGCGCCGACGAGGAUUUGUACGCCAAAGCGUCUUACUUGUCUUACUUUGUCAACGCUGACAAGGGAUUCUGGGAAGGGUACUACCGACCAAGCUUAUUUACAGAGUGCGUAUAUGAUGACUUCUAA